CAAGCUCCAGCCACCUGCUCAGCAGAUCAGCCUUUUGUCAUGGAGAGAAGGCUCCUAAAGAAGGAAAUCCAGAAGCUCCUGGGAGAUUAUAUUGGCAUCAGACUUCGGGAAAAUGAAUUUGACCCAAAAGGAAGAAGGCAACUCACCUUUCUAGAUGAUAUGGCUCACUGCGACUUAGCCCUCAGCGUGGCUCUUCAGUGGCUGGACGGCUCUGAGGACUUGAGUUGGCCGGAGUGGGAGAAAGUGAGAACGCUGCUUUGUGACAAAUCUAUUUAUCCAAACAACAGAGAGCGAAAAGCAAUGAUUCUAUCAUCUUAUGCUGGGAUCCUACUGAAUAACAUCCCGAUUGAAGAAGUCUUUAAAAUUUAUGGAGCUGAUUCUUCUGCCACUUCUGGUACCACUAAGGUUCCCAGUGCUCCACCUUUCCCUGUCUCUCUACAUCCCUUCGCCAUGUUAACAGCACCCAAGGCAGCAGAAUAUGCCCGCAAACAGAGUGUCAAGCUAAGAAGGGGAGCAAUGAAUAAAAAUGUCACCAGCAAUUCUACAAGGGAAGUUCAAGCCAUGAAGUGGAAAUCAUAAAAUCAUCAAAUAUCUUUGGACACACAAUCAAAAUCAAAGUCACCUAGGAAGCUGGAACUGCAGUGUGGACCUUAAUAAUAAAAUCUCUGAGAGAGGAAAAGAAAUACAACUAUCAAUAGCAUCUUUUUUCUUUAUAGUUAGCUUUGGAUGUAAGCUACUCUGAAAUAUUCUUCGGUGUACUGGGCUUCUAUUAAAAAGAAGUACACUGUAUGACUGAGUCCUGGCAUUUAACAAAGUGUGCAUCUUAUGCUC